AUGGGCCUGCAGGACCGCUACCCUGCCUACGGUGGCCGCGGCCCAAGUGAUCUGCGCCUCGGCCUCGGCCUUGGAUCAGUAGCCACUAUUUUCAUGAUCCUGCGCGUCUAUGUUCGACUGCGAGUGAAUAAAUUCGGGACCACAGCAUUGAUCCUGGCUCUUGUGGCUUGGUUGCUCACGGCUAUUACACAAACAUUUGGUGUCAUCUCAAUUCUCCACGGCUUAGGAAAUAGAAUCACCGUGAUUGAAGAAGUUGGACAACUACACAACUAUCUCUUGUUCACAUGGAUCACCGUAUUUUUUUUCAACAUGGCCAUUCCAACCGGCAAGGUUGCCGUGGCAGCCUUUCUGAUCGAGAUGAAUUCUCAAGGCAACCCGAAGAUCCGUCGUAGCUUGAUCGCCCUCGCGGCACUGAACAUCAUUCUCAAUAUUCCGCAAGUCUUGCUCGCCUGGUUCCAAUGCAAACCUCCCAAUGCGCUAUGGGAUCCGGCUCGUCAAGACCAAUGCGACCACCGCACAAGCGUACACUACAGCUAUUUUGUGGGUGCUGUGGCGGCGGUUUCGGAUUUCUAUCUCGCAAUCAUCCCGGCCGCGAUGCUGAUUCCGUUGCGCAUUGAUCGCAAACUGAAAUGGGGCUUGAGCUUCCUGAUGGGCCUCGGUAUUUUCGCUGGAGCCGCCGCGAUCGUGCGGUCAUGGGCAGCUAAAUUUAUUUUGAGUGAUGACCCUUCCUACGGUGUGGGCAUUCUCUUCCGCUGGGGUGAAGUAGAAGAAUGGCUUGUGCUCAUCUCGAUGUCCAUCCCACCGGUCUGGCCACUAUUCCGUCCCUUCACUCACCGAUUCAUUAAAUCCGCCAGUGGGCAGUCUCGCACGUUGGCACAUUACGACCAGUCAGGAUAUACUAAAUACGACUCCUCAAGAGGAGAUCUUGCGUCCGCUGUGGCUGGCCCUGUCAUCACCACCACUAUUUCCAUUUCGUCAACAAAGGGCGUUUCUGCCUCUGCCGAACCUGUGGGUGCAUCGUCCUCGGCAGGUUCUAUUUCGCGGUACGACGAUGAGGAGGUGCCUGAGACACCUCACACCGUCCUGAGCGGCGCCGGUGAUCCGGAAGGUUGGAUGGAAAUGGGCCAUUAUAAGAAUUAUUCCUAA